UGAAAAAAAAUUACGAAUGGCGGCCAUUUUGAAAUUUUUGUAAACUUUGCUGGCUUCACGCUGCUUGUGUGUAAAUAAUGGCCCUCGACACAGAACGUGCGGCAUCAGAAAGUAAACGAAAAUUAGAAGAAGAUGAACCUGAACCUGAACCUGAACCUGAAGCUGAGGAUGAGGAGUGGAUCGGACCUAUGCCCUCUGAGGCGGCAAAAACAAAGAAAAGAAAAGUUUUGGAGUAUGAACGCGUUUACCUGGACAAUCUGCCGUCUGCUAUGAUGUAUGAGCGGAGCUACAUGCAUAGAGAUGUGAUCACACACAUUGUCUGCUCAAAAACUGAUUUCAUUGUGACAGCCAGUCAGGAUGGGCACGUAAAAUUCUGGAAGAAGAAGGAGGAUGAUGGGAUUGAGUUUGUCAAACACUUUCGCAGUCACCUUGGGGUGGUGGAGUGUACGUCGGUCAGUGCAGAAGGAGCUCUUUUUUGUUCCGUUGGAGAAGACCAGGCCAUGAAGGUUUUUGAUGUUGUCAACUUUGACAUGAUCAACAUGCUCAAACUGGGUUUCCAUCCUGGUCAGUGUGAGUGGAUCUACAACCCUGGUGACGCCAUAUCCACAGUGGCCUGCUCUGAAAAAUCCACUGGAAAAAUAUUCGUUUACGACGGUCGGGGCGGCAGCCAGCCACUUCACACAUUUGACAAGAUGCACUCCGCACCUCUCUCUCAGAUCCGCCUGAACCCCAAGUUCCAUGUCAUCGUGUCUGCUGACAAGACUGGCAUGGUGGAGUACUGGACUGGUAUGCCCAGAGACUUCAAAUUCCCCAGACACGUUCAGUGGGAGUAUAAGACAGACACUGACCUGUAUGAGUUUGCAAAGAACAAAACCUACCCCACCAGCCUGGCCUUCUCCCAAGAUGGCAAGAAGAUGGCCACCAUUGCUACCGACAGGAAGGUUAGGAUCUUCCGCUUCCUCACUGGGAAGCUGAUGAGGGUGUUUGACGAGUCGUUAACGAUGUUUACUGAACUGCAGCAGAUGCGCCAGCAGCUCCCUGACAUGGAGUUUGGGAGACGCAUGGCUGUGGAGAGGGAGCUGGAGAAGGUUGAUGGCAUCCGCCUGACCAACAUCAUCUUUGAUGAGACGGGACACUUUGUGCUCUACGGCACCAUGCUGGGCAUAAAGGUCAUCAAUGUGGAAACCAACAGAUGUGUUCGUAUCCUGGGCAAGCAGGAAAACAUCCGUGUAGUGCAACUUUGCCUCUUUCAGGGGGUCUCCAGGACAGCCAAAGCAGCUCCCACCGUCGAGAUGAAGGCCUCAGAUAACCCUGCCCUCCAGAGUGCAGAGCCCGACCCCACGAUCUUCUGCACUGCCUUCAAGAAGAACCGCUUCUAUAUGUUCACAAAGCGGGAGCCUGAGGACACCAAGAGCGCCGACUCCGAUCGAGACAUCUUCAACGAGAAACCCUCUAAGGAGGAGGUGAUGGCCGCUACCCAGGCCGAAGGACCAAAGAGGGUGUCGGACAGCGCGAUCAUCCACACCACCAUGGGAGACGUCCACAUCAAACUCUUCCCUGUGGAAUGUCCCAAAACGGUGGAAAAUUUCUGUGUGCACAGCAGGAAUGGCUACUUCAAUGGACACAUAUUCCAUAGAGUCAUUAAGGGCUUCAUGAUCCAGACGGGUGACCCGACGGGGACAGGCAUGGGGGGUGAAAGCAUAUGGGGUGGCGAGUAUGAGGACGAGUUCCAUGCCACACUACGCCACGAUCGGCCAUACACGCUUAGUAUGGCUAACGCAGGUCCUGGCACCAAUGGUUCCCAAUUCUUCGUCACUGUCGUUCCCACGCCAUGGCUGGAUAACAAGCACACAGUCUUCGGACGGUGUUCGAAAGGCAUGGAGGUGGUCCAGAGGAUCUCCAAUGUUAAGGUCAACCCCAAAACAGACAAGCCAUACGAGGAUAUCAGCAUCAUAAACAUCACCGUCAAGUAAACACUGAGCACGGGGAUCUGGGCACGUUUCUUUUUUAAAAUGUACAAUAAAGAGUUUUGUGUAUGUAAA